AUGUCGCUCGUGUCGGGAACAGCGUUAUCGGUGACUCCUCACCCGGACGUCGUAGCACUUCCAAUUCCGUUAAUUUUACUGGUUCACCUUCACAUCCUUGAAUAUCCCUUGGCGAACAAUCCGGAGUAUGACCACCAAAUCUUCAAUCCUCGCACACGCGGUUUGCGAGAACGUACGAAGGUUAUGGAGGACAUUCUGUCUACAUAUCCAUGUACACAACCAUCCGAGUCGCUAGCAUUUCGAACCUCUUUGUCGAAGUACCUGGAAAUUCUCCGCCACCAAAGCAUCUUCACCCCUUCUGCGCGAUCUGGUAUGAAGGCAGGACCUAGUGCAAAUUCAGUAGCAAUUGCAGAGCCAAGUAACGCGUUCUGGUGGAAAGAAGUUGUAGUCAGAAAAUCGCUCUUAGAGGAGUGCUUUGGAGAAAAGUUUGAACGCUUAAUUUUAUCAUUGUCAACUCACGCUUUGAUGAAAGUUUCUGGGAGUAUAGUAUCUGACCAGAUAAGCGUAUCCUUACAGACUCUGCCAUUUACGUAUACCGCGUCACUUGCAGCGUACCAGGCUAGUAUACAUACUUGGAAGAAGCAGGCCUCGUUAUUGACCAAAUCGGCGAAUGAUCUUCAAGUCUUACGGAAUUCUCUGUGCGGAAACAUGGACUCGAAAUAUUCUGCAAUUCCAACGGAUAAAUUGAAAGCCCUUGCAGAUUCAAAGUUAGAAGAACUUCUCCAGCGUUACUGGGUAGGCGAAGAAGGGAAGCAUUUACUUUCCUUUCUCGUUUUACUGGCAGGAAUCAAGUCUGCCAGAGCGCCUUCCAUCGUCAAUAUGAACCUCUCGGACCAACCAUCCGCUAAACCUACUGGACCCCCACCUCCUUUACCGGUUGCUGCCGCUCAUCAUCCAUCUCAUCUGAAAAGGCUACGCCGUCCUGUUUUUCAGGUCAAGGUUAAGUCUAAUGUCGGACCAGUUGGAAAUAUAUCAAGCAAAGCCCACGCAGAAAUAAUGCUUUCUGAGUACCGGGAAACUGAAAGGCUAAUGCGGCUAAAUCUAUUGGAUGCACUCACUCAAACGAGAAAAAUCGGAUCCGAACUCAGAGGCAAAUUUGAGUCCAUCCUGGCUCCAUCUAUAGCACCCUCGAAUCUAUUUUGGACUCCUCCGGAAUUUUCCAUGACUUUGACAUUUGUCGAUCCUGUGCCAGGAAAAGAGCUUCUUAGCUCGCUGGGGUUGACUUCGGAGUACGAGGCUUUAGAUGUGGAAGAAGAUACCUUGGAGAAGAAAAUCGAGCACAUUCGCACCGUAGUUCUACCUCCAUAUCCUGCGAUUCCCGAUCAAUGUACGCCUCUCAAACCAGCUCUCGACGACAGAAAGGAAGGCGAGAGGCUGAAAGUACAAACCAGUCUCAACCAGCACGCCCGCUCAACAAUGGAUUCGGCAUGUCCAUUGUCGUCAUCAUCGUUGUCGGAGUUGUCAGAAGUUCAUCUGCCUGAUCCGCCACAAAUAUUGCCUGGCAAAUCUUCUAGGAGCAACAGGCUACAGUCUAUUCACUUUUCUCUGGCCCGGAAGCGGACGCAGAGAACGUCCUCGUCCAAUGAUCCCCUCGAUGAUGAAGUUGACAGACUUGUUGACGAAACCAACGACUUUCCAACUGACGAUGAGAACACUGAUGAAGAAGGUUAUGGUUUUUCGCCGCUUAAGACGCCAAAGUCCAAAUCAAAGCCGGUAGUAAACAGGAUCUGGACGGCUGGUACUCCAACGCGCGGAAAAAGGCAUGGUCUGGGCCAAGGCACUCCGAUACCUAGGAUUCCAUCGGCUAUAACACGUUCAUUAGAAAUGGCAUUUGGCGGUAUUCAUGACGAGUCCGUACCUGCGAACGAUGACGAAAAUUCAUGGGAUGUGGAUAACACAGAAGCCACACCUCGUCCGAUCAGGCCCAAUUUACCACCGCGGAAGGAUAAUUCGAAUAUCGACCUGAAUGGGCACAAAGAUGAAGAUGAAGAUGUUUUCUACGAUGAUCCUUCAAGUAUGACCUUGAAGGAAAUUCUGUUGACCGCAGGUGCCAGCCAUUUUGACUUACUAGACGCUACCACCAACGAUGAACUUAAUGAGGCUAUGGAGGAAGACACCUCGUUUGUUUGGGAAUAA